UGGAAGUUAGUUGUCAGUUCUCACAAACCGAAAAACCAGAGGAAAUUUGGAUAAAAUCACAGGCCGAAAGUUGGGCAAUUUCUUGCUCCACAUCCAUUUAACUCCCCCAUCAACUUAACUUAUCAACUUGCAGCUGUGGGUUCCCACUCAAUCCUUCUCUUUAUACCCAAUCGUAAUGCCAUACUCCUUCAUACCCUUUACCAACCUUCAAUAAUUUCAAAGCAGAAAUAGUAGAAGUUCCUAAGAAUAGCCCCCAACUAUCGCCGAUACAUCUAAUUCAAAAGCACCAACAGCAGCAGUCAAUCCUUAGUCUUCUGAAUCAAAGGGUGCAAGCAAAGCAGCCAUUGAUAAGGAAACUCAAGCCUUGUCAACUACGUCCGUCUUAAUUCGUUGCCUCAAAUCAAUUUUGACCAAGACACCAUCGUCACACGGCCGCCAUCAAGUCGAAGCCUCUACCGGGCAACGAAGUCGACGUCGUAACACUCUCUUAUUUUUAGCCCUUUUCCCACCGUUGAUGACUUAGAUGAUGUGUAAUUCUUGUGUAAUUGAAAAUAUCUUACCGACAUCUACUUGAUGCUGGGACCAGGUAAGCAGGCUGAUCACUGACGCAAAUUACGCCUGCAAAAGGUAUCAGACUAUCAGCAAUAGCAAUUUCAUUUCAACAAAGACAGUGAUCGACCAGAGUCUUGUUCUUGACCAGAUCUUCAUCGAUUCGAACCAGACCACCAUUGCAGUUCUUCUGUGAGCUUUCAGAUGUUAUCAAAAAGAUCCAUCAACACUUGAGAGAUCGAGUAUACUAACUCGAGGCUAAUAUGGCCUUGUCUGUAACGGACCUCUUAAUUGGAAAACUUGCGACCAUUCUUGAGUACGAAGGAACAACCAUAGCAGGUGUUCGUCAUGAAGUUGAUAAGAUUAAGGAGGAGUUUUUAAGCAUGAAAGCUUUCCUAGCGGAUGCGGAGGCCAACAAACCAAAAACUGAAGGACAGAAAUUGUGGGUUGCAAGAAUCAGAGACUUAGCCUAUGAUGUUGAAGAUAUCAUUGAUGAAUUCAUGUAUCACAUGUAUGCGAAGCAGACUGGGGGUCGACUUUCAAGGGGGCUACACAAAACCAUUCGCGCUCCAUGUAAUCUUUGGUUCAGCCAUAAAAUUGCAAAGAAGUUGCAGAAAAUUACUGACGUGAUCAAAGCCAUUCCAGAGAGGAAUCAAAGAUACGGUGUUGGCCUUGUAGGAGGAGGAGGAGGAGCAACUACAUCCGACGAUAUUCAGAAAUUGGUGCAGAACCAAGCGGAGUCUUCGUUUUUCAUUAUGGAAGACGAACUGGUUGGGAUUGAAGGCAAGAAGCAAAUACUAAUGGGAUGGCUAAUGGAUGAUGAGCAACACCAAACUGUUAUAUCUGUGGUGGGCAUGGGAGGUUCUGGAAAGACAACUCUAGUUGCCAAGACCUUCACCAAUGAACUGGUAAAGAGACAUUUUGAUUGUUAUGCAUGGAUUACUGUUUCCCAAACUUAUGAUGCGGUACACUUGUUUCGAAGCUUGAUCAGGGAACUCUACAAAUCAAGGAAGGAAAAUUUCCCUACAAUUUUGAAUGCCAUGAGCCGCAUAGAAUUGCUAGAGUUACUAGUUAACUACUUGGAGUCCAGAAAAUACCUAGUUGUUCUAGAUGACGUGUGGGAUAUAAAAGUAUGGAGAGAAAUAAAGGUACCACUUCAAGAUAGACACCUUGGAAGUCGGGUCGUACUCACAACUCGAAAUGAAGAAGUAGCAUCCAACUCUUUUGGAGUUGAAAGCUAUGUUUACCGUAUUCAGCCCCUGCAAAAGAAUGAGGCGUGGGAACUAUUCAGUAGGAAAGCAUUCUCAACUAAGCAACACAAAACUUGUCCAACUGAGCUGAAGUCAUUAGCCUGCCAACUUGUGGAGAAGUGUGAAGGCCUUCCUCUCGGUAUUGUGGCUUUAGGUGGUUUUAUGUCUUCUAAGAAGUCGCUGGAUCAAUGGCAACAAGUCUGCAACAACUUGAAUUGGUAUCUGCAUAACAAUUCAUCGCUAGAUCCUGUGAGAAACAUUUUGUUGCUCAGUUUCAAUGAUUUGCCAUCUCAACUGAAGCAUUGCUUCCUCUAUUGUUCCCUUUUCCCUGAAGAUUAUCUAUUUAAAAGCAAAAGGCUGACUAGAUUGUGGAUAGCGGAAGGAUUUGUUGAAAAUAUGAAAGGGGUCACGCCCGAAGAAGUUGCAGAUGGCUAUCUUCGGGAACUCUGCUUCCUUAGCAUGUUACAGGUUGCAGAUGACUUUGUUUCUGUAACAUCUUCAGGAACAUCUUCGGGAAGGCCGAAAAAAUUUAAGAUGCAUGAUCUGAUGCGAGAGUUUUCUUUGUCGACAGCCGAAAAAGAAAAGUUUGGUUAUGUAUACAACGGGAGAGAAGUAAUGGAAGAGAUCUCAACCCGUCGCUUGUCAAUUCACAGAAUGGAAGGAGAAAUUAAAUCAUGGCGGGGUAUGUCCAAAAUUCGUUCUCUUCUUGUAUUUGACACUGACAUGUCCUCAUUAUCUUUCUUAAAUACACUGGUUUCUCGAUUCAAAUUGUUGAGGACUCUAGACUUGGAGGAUGUCCAAAUUGAUAAUCUGCCGGGUGCAGUUGUUUACUUGUUCAACUUGAGAUAUUUAAAUUUGAAGGGCACUUUAAUUGAGGAACUUCCAGAGUCCAUAAGGUGUCUCCGCAACCUUCAAUUUUUGAACAUCAGGGAUACUAAGAUAGAGUCACUUCCACAAGGAAUUAUGAGGUUGCUGAACCUGCGCAAUCUAAGUAUGUUUCGCUACACUUGGAACCUGUACUUCAAUGUUGUGCGUGGGACAAAAGCGCCAUCAAAUAUUUGUAAGUUGCAGAAAUUGCAAAGUUUAUCAAUAAUUGAAUCAGAAGGGGACACUUGUAGACUUAUCGCCAACAUGACUCAACUUAAGAGCAUCUGCAUUUCGAAUGUGAAAGAAAGAGAUGAGAUUGACCUUUGGGUCUCAAUUAAGAAGUUCACUCUGCUUCAAUCUCUAGGUUUAAUGGCAAGUAAUGAAGAGGAAAUCCUUCCGGUGAAAGCACAAUGUCCUCCUCUUCCGCACCUUCGAAAGCUUACUUUGUUUGGCAGACUGCAAAACGUAACACCUUGGUUUUCUUCACUGCAUAGCCUCACAGCUCUGUUUCUGCAUUGGUCAAGACUUGAAGAGGAUUUACUACCUCAAAUUGAAGCACUGCUCAAUCUGACAAGGCUUUGUCUUUGUAAUGCGUAUGUUGGGGAUGAGUUGUGUUUCCAUAGAGGCUUUGUAAAGCUUAUGAGGUUGGAGUUGUUGAAUUUUGCUUCGGUGAAAAAGAUAACUAUAGAAAAUGGGGUGAUGCCAAAUCUCCGGUACUUAUGCGUUGACAGCUUCAUGGAGUUGAAGACAGUGCCAUUGGGCCUUGAGUAUCUUUCUACUCUACAAUAUUUGGGCCUAAAAGAUGUUCCCAUAGAAGUUAUAAGGCCCAUUCAGAAAGGAGGUGUGGAUCGCUCUAAGGUACAACACAUUCCUGAGAUCAUACAUGUUUUUGAACAGUCAUCCAACUGGAUCCACGAAAACUUGGCCUAGUGUUUCUUUCUCUUGAAAGAAUCAAUCAAGUCCGACAAGUAUAUAUUGUAGAGGAUUUGAUGCAGCUUGAUGAAGAAUCGUUUAUGUUCAUGUGGGAAAUGCAAGGACUGAUCUCGGUUUGUCAUUUGCCCCUUCAAGACUGUUUCUGAUGUUGUACUUAUUAUCGUUUGUUUGCAUUGGCAUGUAAUAAUGUUGGAUCGAAUACCACUUUGGCAGUAUGAAUUGUGAUAAAGAUUGGGGAUCCAUAUUGAGCACUUUGCAAAUCUUUUUAUGUUACUUGCAAUAUAUUUUGGAAUUAUUGGAGUAAGCAGCAGGUCUGGGUUCACUUAAUUUGCUUCAAAUAGGUAUGACUGUGUGUGUGUGUAAGCAGAGGUGGGAAAUGCUUACAUGAUUGCAUCAAUAUCAGAUAACAAUGGUGAUCCAAAUUGAUGUACUAUAACUUAAAGCCCUGGU